AAAAUCGUUGACUUAUGGUAGAUAAAGGUGCCAUUGCGAACCAAAAAAUAUAAAAUUUAUCAGAAAUGAGAAUGAAAGAAAAAAAUCAAAAAACUAUAUAUAUAUUAUUAGUUUUUUUUUUCAAAUUAAAACUUACAUUACUCGAUACUCUAAAAAAAAAAAAAUUUCUACUUUCACAUUAAUAAUUACACUUAUUCACCAUGUCUAGUGAUUCGAACAACUGGAUUGAUAAUGCUAUUUCUGAAAUGCAUAUUAAAUAUUUCGAUUAUAAACAUUUUCGAAAUAUUGAAGAAAUCGGUAAAGGUGGAUUUGGUAAAAUAUACCGCGCAAAUUGGAAAAAUAUGGAACGACAUUUAGUAUUAAAAUCACUUUUAGAUAUGAAUCCUAUCGCUGUUAAGGAACUUGCUCACGAGCUUAAACUUCAUCGUGAUGUUGACUUUCACGAUAAUAUUAUCAGUUUUCAUGGGAUAACGCAAGAAAAUCCAAAUGAUAAAUCGAAAAAUUAUUUGUUAGUUAUGGAAUAUGCCGAUGGUGGUACACUUCAAAAUUAUUUGGAGAAAAAUUUCUUUUAUCUUAAUUGGAAGCAUAAAUAUAACAUGGCAAGUGAACUUGCCAGUGCAGUCUUAUGUUUACAUGACGAAGGAAUUAUUCAUCGCGAUUUACAUUCUUGCAAUGUAUUAGUUCGUAAUCAUAGUGUCAAAUUGGCAGAUUUUGGACUUUCAAGAAGAAUAGAUGAAGCAUCAAAAGGUACAGGGUUAUUUGGCGUAAUUCCGUAUAUUGAUCCGAAAAGAUUCGGGAAUAUCAAUAAUAACGAAAAGAAAAAACAAAUAUAUAAAUUAAAUGAGAAGAGCGAUGUAUAUGGGAUUGGUGUCUUGUUAUGGGUAAUAUCAAGCGGUCAGCAACCCUUCGGUGGUGUUAAUAAUUAUAAUCUUGAUUUAAUUAUGGAAAUUUCAAAAGGUUUGAGAGAAACACCUAUUCCUCAUACACCCAGAGAAUAUGUAAAUAUUUAUACUGAAUGUUGGAAUGGCGUACCAGAAAAGCGCCCUACAAUGCAACAAGUGGUUGCUAAAUUAAAAACAAUAAGAUCAACAACAGAUACGAUGCCAAUAAUUACUCCAAUGUGUACUAGUCCCAUACAUGGAGAUUUAUCUUCACUAAUGAAUAAAUUUGAUCAAAUGAAAUUUGAAUCCGAUGGUAGUAAUGAUUCAACUAACAUAGAAACUACUAAUACCGAUGGUGUCGGUUCAACAAACAUAGAAACUACUAAUGCCGAUGGUGUCGGUUCAACAAACAUAGAAACUACUAAUGCCGAUGGUGUCGGUUCAACAAACAUAGAAACUACUAAUGCCGAUGGUGUCGGUUCAAUCAACAUGGAAACUAUUAAUACCGAUGGUGUCAGUUCAGCCAAUAUAGAAACUAUAAAAAUACCAUUUCCGCCCCAAAUAACUGCUGAAGAAGUUUUAGAUCGCAGCAAAGACAAAGAAAGAAGAAAAGCUCCAAACAAUUUCAUUAUCUACCGUAUGGCACUUGCUAAGGAAUUAAAGUCGCAAAAUAUAAGCAAUAUCAAUUUAAUUAAUAUAUCUGCCCUCGCAGCUUUAAAAUGGAAUAAUGAACCUGAUGAAGUAAAACAAGCGUAUAAGGACAUAUCUGAUAAAAUUCGAGAUGAUAUUAAAAUUUCCAAGUAUACUAAAUGAUUUAUUUUUUUAUUUGAAUUUAUCAGUUUGUAUUUUAAUCCAUAUCUUAAAUAAACUGAAAUUAUUUGAUAUUUAUAAUAUUCAAUAAUUUAUGGUUAUAAUGUCAUUUAUUUAUUUUAAUAAUUAUUUUGAAUCAAUUAAUGUACAAUAUUAAA